AUGAGUUAUCGCUUCACAGCCCAAAGGAGGCUCAUCAGUCCUCGAAUCAUCGCGCAGUCGCAUAUCCUGCGCGCCAGCCGAACGCUGCAUCAGUCAAGAGUCCUUCGUGAGGGCAAGAACAUCAGUCCCGCUGUCCAGCAGCUGGCGCCUGUGAACCCGUUCCUCAACCCGCCAGCUUCAACGCGCCCGCCGCCACUGCAACCCGUCGAGCCUCAGCCGUCCACCGUCAAGUAUUACUUCCAGCUGGGCAAAUCUUACGUCAAGUUCUUCACCCAGGGCGUCAAGGCCGUUGUGACGAACGCCAAGCUGGUCAAGGCCAAAGUCAAGAGCCUGCCGAGGGCGGAGCGGCCAACAAUCCUCAAGCCGCGCUAUAUACCAGACUCCUUCACCCGCGCAGAUUGGGUGCUGCUGUGGCGAACCAGGCACGAUGUCGUGCGGCUGCCCGUCUUUGCCCUGUUCUUCUUGGUGUGUGGAGAAUUCACACCUCUCGUGGUCGUCUUCAUGAGCGGCAUAUUGCCCUUUACAUGCCGGUUCCCAAGUCUGAUGAAGGAUAUACUGGGAAAGGCCGAACAGCGGCGUGCGGCGGCUUUCAACGAUCUGGAGAGCAAGUACUCUCACGGUGCGUUCAGCCCCGGAAUCACAAAGGCUGUAGCGCGCCAGCACAUUCUCAGAACCUUGGAUCUCUCAGGGGCGAUGUGGGAUCGGCUGGGAUUCACUCCCCCGGGAAUGUGGAAUAUCAAGGGCAAACUGCGCAUGUCGUACCUGGAAAUCGAUGACAAGCGACUGCUCGACGGCGGCGGCCCGUUGGGUCUGGAAGUGGAGGAGCUUCGCAUUGCCUGUUCUGAACGCGGCCUCGACGUUUUGGGCAAGAGUGAGGGCGAGCUGAGGACCCGACUUGGUGACUGGCUGCGGUUGACCGCGGUUGAGGAGCCGGGCGAGAGGCGGCGGCGGAUGGCGACGCUGAUGAUGACAAGACCUGAAAACUGGCCACAGCAGCGCAACUUUGCCGUUCCCGAGUGGCAGCUGUAA